CGCAGGUUGAGAGCGUUUGGCUGAGUUUCCUGUCACAUGGCCCGCCACUCGGAUCCCUCCGCGCUGCCCUCUACUAGUCCCCCAAGCGCCCGCGCCUCCGCUGCGCUCGAAGGCUGCCGGCCGCUGUAGCGGACUUGCCGAGUGGAGCGCGAGAGCCGAUCCCGCCUCGCCUCGCGUCGCCCGAGCCGGGACGAUGGAGCCGUGGACCGCCGCCGCCGCCUGGCUACUGCUGGCCGGCUUCUUCUUCCUGUCUUCCGCCUCGCUCUCGCACUUCGACACCGAGUGCUACACGGCCAACGGGGAGGACUACAGGGGCUUCCAGAAGCAGACCAGUUUGCCGGAGGGGAAGGCCUGCCUCUUCUGGAACGAGACCUUCCAGCACCCCUACAACACCCUCAAGUACCCCAACGGCGAGGGCGGCCUGGGGAGCCACAACUACUGCAGGAACCCCGAUGGCGAUGUCCAGCCGUGGUGCUACAUCGCAGACCACGAAGACGGAAUCUACUGGAGGUACUGCGACAUCCCAACGUGCCAGAUGCCGGGGAACCUGGGCUGCUUCCGCGACAGCGGGGACCCCCCCACCCUGUCCGGGCCCACCGAGACCUCCAACAAGCAGACCAUCCAGACCUGCAUCGGCUUCUGCAGGAAGCAGAGAUACAAGCUGGCCGGCAUGGAGUCGGGCUUCGCCUGCUUCUGCGGCAACGAGGCGGACCUGGCGCAGCGCGGCCGGGCCCCCGGCACCGACUGCAACCACGUUUGUUUCGGCGACCACAGGCAGCCGUGCGGCGGAGACGGCUGGCUCAUCGUCUUUGACACUCGGGUAGGUUCCUGCGGCGGCAAUUACUCGUCGCCCUCCGGGGUCAUCUACUCGCCGGACUUUCCGGACAAAUACGGCGCCGGCCGCGCGUGCUACUGGACGGUGCAGGUGGCGGGCGCGUCCGCCAUCCUCUUCAACUUCACCCUCUUCGACAUCACGGAUCAGGCGGACAUGGUGGAGCUGCUGAACGGCUACACCAAGGAGGUGGUGGCGCGCUUCGACCGGCGCGCCCCGCCCCGCCGGCCGCUCAACGUCACCGGAGACUUUGUCAUCCUCUAUUUCUACUCGGACGGCAGCAACCAGGCGCAGGGCUUUGUGCUGCUCUACCAAGCGCUGAGAAGCCGCCGCGACGGGGAGAGCGCCGAGGACGAGGGCCGGGGCCUCUCCGGCACGGCGCGACCCCGGGCGCCCCCCGGCGUCACCAACGGGACGGCCGAAGGCCGAGCGUCCUCGUCCUCGCAGAUCCUCUACGUGAUCACGUCCAGCCCCGGCCAACCGCGGCGCAGCGUGCCAGGUCAGUGGGCUGGACCCGGACGGACCAGUGGACGCGGCGCCAUGUGGACCGUCUACGCCCUGGCCGGCCUCCUCAUCCUCACCGUGGUCGCCCUGCUGGCCAAGCUGCUGCUGCACAUCACGCUCAAGUCUCCCCGAAUCCCCGCAGCCGGCGGCUCGGACAGCUGCGGCCAAAGCGUCUCGACGUCAUCAGAGCCGUGGAUCAUCCUGUACCGGCCUUCCACCAUCUCCCUCUUCAAGAAGAAGCUCAAGAACCACCACCACCACCACCACCACGGCGACCUCAGCCCCCUGGUGGGCAACUAGCACAACCCGUCGAGCGCUUCCUUCGAACUCCUUGCAUAGCAAGGCGCUAAGCUAACUCGCGGCUCAUGCGGGUACGGCGCCCUCCGGCCGGGACGGAUGCCGACUUCCCCUCGGCGAAGCUUCUCCGUCAGGGCGCUGCCGCUUCUUCAGAACUUGGGCAUCAAAUGCAAAAGUUUUCAGGGCGACCGCUCGCCCUCGGAGGGGAGGGGAUGGGCUGCUCGCGAGCAAAAGCCGACGCGUCGCGUGGCGUUCAAGUGCCUGACGGCAGAACCGCCCCCCCCCCCCCCACUAACACGCCUCAUAACGGGACGGGGAUUUAUUUUUGUAAGGCUUUGUAGAUAGUCGGGACGAGGCAUUUCAUGACCAGCUCAUUUAUCUUCUUUGUCUUUCCUGAACAUAUUGUUCACCUUAACUUUGAAACGUGGGCGGGGUGGGGAAACGUGGCGUCCGAUGGACUUGUGCAUGCUCUUUUGUCAUAUUGACGCCAGAGGGACAAAGGUUGACAAUGAAUGGCUAUCCAAGGAAAAUCGCCGACGAUUAACAUCGAUUAGAAUGUGAGCGUGGAGACAUUGACGCAGUAUGUUUCGUAAACCACAUGGGCGUGGUCGCGCAGCCCCAAAGCAAGUACAGCACUCAAACUUCAAUGCCUGGCCUCCGAUAAGCACGCUCAACCGGAUGCUUCGUCACACACACACACACAAGAAACAAAAAUCCACAGGAAUGGAAGCAAACGCGAUUGCCAUCUUCAUUGUCCCGAUCCUUUUGGCCACUCUUUUUCACAUCAUCAGAGCAAUAGCGAAAAGUACUUUGAAGGAGACGCGCUGCACAUAUUUUUCGGGGGCCGGGACGCACAUAUCGGGAUUUCGCAAGCAAACCUGGAAAACGGGCGAGCCGUGACGGCGGCGGUGCGAGCCCGAGGGAGGGCGCUUUGAGGCCGAUUGCGGUCGACGGCAGAGGGCGGUCUGGCACAAAAUUGAAAAUGGAUGAAAAUGAUUUGGCUUCAGCCGCUUACUUCUUCAUCCGCAAAUACAAUCGGGAUCAGAGUCGUAUGCUUCGACUCAUGGGGGGGGGGGGCGCGUGCGGCGCCGUAUAUGAGGGCGUGCCAUCGUACACGUCGCCAAAGCUUCGAUCAUCUCAAGGGGAUGAAAAUGAUACACGGUCCGAUUCAUCUUUGCGUGCAGAGAACUGGUCAAUGACACAAAAAAAAUGGACUCGGGGCAAAAAGCAGCACCAAAGACCAACUCCACAAGUUGUCUUC